AUCACUCCUCGUCUCUGUAUCUCCUUGCUCGGUCCACUGUCGUGCCGUUUUUCGUCAAGAAGGCAAGCUGUGGAAAAAUUCCUAUUCUCUCAGGCUGGAUUCACUCGUUUUCACCAAUGGAUGGAGUUUAUUCCCACGCGCACACAGUGACUUCUUAAAAACUUCGCAGGCCGUGCUGGGGGUUCCUCCUGGGGUUCGUAAGGGGAUGGAGCAGCGUGGAAACGCAGGAGGGGAAGCGGAGAGCCCCAGCCGUCAGGACAGCGCCAGCCCAGAGGAGCGAGAGGAGAAGGGGGAAAACCCCAGUUCCAGUGGGCCUUCUCAGUGCAAGCUGAGCCGUCUGGAGGUCAAUGGGAGCCCAACAAACCCACGAACCCGACAGAACUGCACACCCGUGAGACCACUUGGAGGUUUGAUGAUCCCAGUCUACUGCGUGGUCGAGCAUGCGGACAUGGGAAUGGCGGGCAACUGUGAGGGGCGAAGCGACCGUCACGCCGAGUUCGUGUUGGUUCGUAAAGAUGUCCUCUUUACUCAGCUGGUAGAGACGGCACUGGUUGCUCUUGGAUACUCACACAGCUCUGCUGUACAGGCGCGAGGUAUCAUCAAAGUGGGCCGGUGGAAGCCGAUGCCCAUCCACUACCUAACAGAUGCUCCUGAGGCCACGGUGGCUGACAUGCUGCUGGAUGUUUAUCACAUGGUCACACUGCGGAUCCUAUUGCACAGCUUCGCCCGGCUGGAGGAGCUGCCAUCAGAGCAGUGGACCCACGCCACAGUGAGGAACGCCCUCAAAGAGCUGCUUAGAGAGACCAACCAGAGCGCUCUUGCAAAGGAGUGUCCCCUCUCCCAGAGUAUGAUCUCAGCAAUCGUGAACAGCUCCUACUAUGCCAACGUCUCCACCUCUAAAUGCCAGGAGUUUGGACGCUGGUACAAGAGGUACAAACGCUUCAAAGGUGAAUACAUUGAAAAGAUGUGGUCAUCACAGGAGAAAUCAGACAUCAAAGUGGAGCGGGAUUUGGACUUGAGCAUCCUCAGCCAUCGUCCUCCCUCACUCUUGCCCUCUCCCACCCAUUUGGGCACCCUGGGUGGGCCUGGAGCUCAUUCCAUCAAGAGCGGCCUGGGGGACUCUCAGACCUCAACCCAGCCUCAUGGUCUGCCUCACCCGAGUGGACAGAAUCACCCCAGUCCUCCACUGCGUCCUCAGGCUCCACCUCUCCUGGGCCACGGCGGGCUCCUGUCUCCCCAGCUCCCCCCUCAGCUUGUACGUCAACAGCUCGCUAUGGCCCACCUCAUCAACCAGCAGCUGGCUGUUAGCCGCCUGCUUGCCCACCAGCACCCGCAGGGAGUCAACCAGCAGUUCCUCAACCAUCCUCCUAUCUCACGGAGCUGUAAGAUCUCUGGGGCUGUUUCUGAGCCGAGCCUCAGCUCCGGAGCUGAAGUCUCCUCUGAUAUUUACCAGCAAGUCAGGAACGAAUUGAAGAGGGCCAGUGUUUCCCAGGCUGUGUUUGCCCGUGUGGCCUUUAACCGCACACAGGGCUUGCUGUCAGAAAUCCUUCGUAAGGAGGAGGAUCCUCGCUCUGCCUCUCAGUCUCUGCUGGUCAACCUGAAGGCCAUGCAGAACUUCCUCAAUCUGCCUGAGAGUGAGCGAGACCGGAUCUACCAGGAGGAGAGGGAGAGGAGUACCAGCACCAACCACAACCACUCCACCAACCACAUCUCCAGUGCCAACACUCACAGACAUGCACAGACAAAAUGCAGCGUGCCUGGCCCAGAGCUGCAGAUGAAGCUGGACUCACUGGUAAACAUCACGUCAGGGAUCUACGAGGAGAUCCAACAGGAGAUGAAGAGGGCGAAGGUCUCCCAGGCUCUGUUCGCCAAGGUGGCUGCUAAUAAAAGUCAGGGUUGGCUGUGUGAGCUGCUAAGAUGGAAAGAGAGCCCGAGCCCUGAAAACCGCACACUGUGGGAGAACCUGUGCACCAUCAGAAGGUUCCUGGCGUUGCCACAAGCCGACCGAGAUCUGGUGUACGAAGAAGAGUCGAGACAGCAGCACAGCGACAGACUCCACACCGUCCUGCACAUCUCAGACCAGCAGACCCUACACAGACAGACUCUGCCACCGCUAAUGGCUCCAUCCCCGAUUCAUGAAGACCCCCAGCCCAUCCCCCCGCCAUCAUUGCAAGGCUCAGAAGAUGGGUCUCAAUGUGGGAUGAGCCCUGGCCUCGGAGGUGGAGGAACAAAGAAGGCCCGAUCGCGGACGAGGAUUUCUCUGGAGGCCCUGGGAAUCCUGCAGAGCUUCAUUGGAGAUGUGGGACUGUACCCCGACCAGGAGGCGAUCCACACCCUGUCAGCCCAGCUAGACCUGCCCAAACACACGAUCAUCAAGUUCUUCCAGAACCAGCGCUACAACGUUAAGCACCACAGCCAGGCCAGAGAGCCCAUUGCCGGGGAGGACGACAGGGAGAGCUCCAGUCCCAGUGAGAGAGGCGUCUGCCCAGUCCAGGGCAGAGGAGGUGAAGAGGCUCUCUCUGCGUCUGAGGAGUCAAGUGAGGAUGGGAGAGCAUCAGUGGAGGUGUUCAGAGCAGAAGGAGACGAUGGAGAAGAAGGUGAAGUGGAAAUGGAGAUUGAGAAAGAGGAAGGAGAUGAUGCAAAAGCUUCAGGGCCAGUAGCUUCCUCUCUGUCCCCCUACAGCAGUGUGGAUAGCCCCCAGUCUGCAGAACAACAGAGAUAACAGCAGAGGAAAAAACUGAAGACCACACACAGAAAACCUGAAUAAACACACAAUUUUGCCAUCACCUUUAACAGAGCUGAUGAUCAGAGCUCUUUAAUAUCUGAAGAACAAAUAUUUAUAGACAGUUUGACUGAAAAGGGACUCCAGUUACCUUAAGAGCCGAUGUUUUUGGUUUGUAAAACAGUGUUUGGGGCAUUGUUCAGUGCUGCUGAAAAAAGAUUUCAGUUUUGCCACCUUUUUUUGUGGGGGGGAUAAUGGGGAAAAGAUCACUAUGGGACAACAUGUUUGAAACUCAGAUUUAGUGAAUUCUUUGAGUUGUUUCCCACUUUUUGAAGGGAUAUAUUCACACCACAAAAGAAGAAAACACUCACUCCUGCUAGAUCUUAGAUCGCUCAUAAACACAGGCCUCUUAUUAGCUCUCCGAGCAUAUUUCCAACAGUUUUGACAAGGAAUGUAAGUCUUUGUCAUUAAAAUGCAAUAAGCGUAUUUUGCUAAAAAGGUGCAUAUACAGUAUGUCCAAAGUCAUUAAAUGCAUGUUGCCCCCCUGAAAUCCAACCACAUACACAGAAAAGAAUAAAGAAAUGUGCACAGACAAACUGCAGGGAGAGAGAGGCUCACAGCAGGUCAGAGGUGCAAACACACGCCUUCUUUUUCAGGUGACAUUCAUUCACAUUGGGACCAAGGAUAGAUAGCACUGAACUGCAGUGGUAGCUCACAAAAAAGCAUUUGCCUUUUCUUUUUUUUUCUUUUUUGUUUUAAGAAAUGCAGACAUGCAGGGAAAAAAAUACUAUAACCUCUCUCCACGCUUGAAGGCCUUAUGUUCUAUGAUAUAUAAUUUUGUUUGUGUCCUUAAAAUCAUUUUGGAGAUCCCUGCAUUGACGUGUCCGUAUGUGAAGCUCAGAAAGCCAGUUCACACUACCCUCCUCCUACUAUUUAUUACCAGCUUUGUAUUUUUACGUAAAUCUAAGUAUUGUUGUUGUAAUUCCAGUUUCUUUUCUUCGCUCUUACUACAGAUGUCUUUGUAAAUGUGACUCAAACAUGCCAAGAGGACGUUUGAACUGUUACACUCUUUAAGUUGAACUUUUACUUUAGCUGAAAGGGAAAUAAACUGAAAAUUUGGGGGGAUUUUUUUUUUGGGGUUUUUUUUGGGGACUUUUAUG